AUGGACAACUUCGGUUACCGCGAGAUGGGCUGGCCUGCACCUCUCAAGACGCCUACCACUCCAAACAGAUCCCGCAUAUCCCGCAGCAUCAGCUCUCGCUCCAGGGAACCUGAGGAGUAUCCUUUGAGAGGCAUCUUCAAACAUGUCCGGAACAUGGAUUUACUCGAAACUGCUCAAGAACCCGGUCGUGCCAAGGAGUAUCUCUUCGUCGGACCGUCGCCUCCGGCUGAAAACGCUCCGAAUAUGUACCAAAGCUUCGACAUUCUCGCUCCCGACCCUGACGCAAGAUUGACGGAAGAUAUAAUAAGAAAGUCCUUGUGUGAGAGAGCUUUGACAUUGGGAGCCGGCAGAUUUUUCGAUGACCUCGAAUGCGGUUUGAUCACAGGUGAUAAUAUUGAAGAGCACAUUUCAUCAGCGCCAGAAGUUGUUGUUAAUUUAACUUUGUUGUGGGCAGCGUUUCUUUCAAGAGAUGAACUGCUGCCGCCGAUAAUAGAAGCGGGGGCGGAUAUUCAUUAUUCAGAACCCAUUGGAUUAACAGUGCUACAUAUAGCGGCUUAUAGUAAUGCGAGCAGAUCUGUGGGCUAUUUGCUAUCCGUAGGAGCGGAUGUAGAUUACGCUCCUAAAUAUUUCGCUCCUCUACAUUGUGCUGCCUUUGGAAAUUCUUUAGAAGUGGCCGAACUGUUGAUUGCAAAUGGCGCGUCUUUACAUGCGGUAGUGCAAAGAGCGGGUUGUGAAGAUAACCUCGUUCACUGCUCCGUAAGAAAUGAUGCAGUAGAAUGUAUGGAGUUGUUCAUAGAGAAAGGUGUGGACCCUGCGUAUAUUACGUCAGGGGGUCUCAAUGCAUUACAUUUAGCAGCAGAGAUAGGAGCACAAAGAUGCCUAGCGUUUUUAUUAAAAGAAACGAAGUUAAGUGUAAACGGUGUAACAAAACAACGAGAUAAGGAGUGUACAGCUUUACAUCUGGCUGCUUCAAGAGGUUAUACGGAAUGUGUUGAAAUUUUGUUAGCUGAGGGAGCCAAAGCUAACACAAAAAACUAUAGAGGAUUUACUGCGCUUCACCUAGCUGCUAGAUGUUCCAAUUUGGAGUGUGUCGAGCUCUUAUUGCGAGAUGGAAACGCAGAUCCUAACGCUGAAGAUCAUGAUAAGAGAACACCCUUACACGCUGCUAUAUGUAAUCUAGAUCGGGCUUGUGAUAUCAUUGAUAUGAUUGUAAGUUGGGGAGCACAAGUGAAUAAAAAGGAUGAAUAUGGAUACUCAGCGUUACAUCUGGCAGCCAUGGACGGUCUUACGCAAUGCGUGGAAACUCUAAUAUUCUUAGGGGCCGAUGUAACUUCGAAAUCUAAGAAAGGUCACACAGCAUUGAGCGUUAUUGUACGUAAAACACCAAAGUCUCUCGCUAUUUUGAGACACAAUUUGGAUAAUGGAAUUUCUGUUAGUAGAUCAGAAGCCAAUGAAGAAGUUCAAAUUGAAUUCGAUUUUGGAAAACUGGUAAAAUUUUCUUAUCCCCGCGAAAUAACAUAUUUAAACAGUUUGAUCGAUGAAGGUCAAAAAGAUAUUUUGCAACAUCCGUUAUGUUCGGCGUUUCUGUUUAUGAAGUGGCGCAAAAUACGAAAGUUUUACUUAGCGAGACUAAUAUUUUGUUUCUUAUUUGUAUCCUUUCUUUCGAUAUAUGUGCUGACAGCUGUUGUAAAAACGUGUAAAGGAAAAAAUUCAAAAAAGUACGGAGUAUUAAAUGAGCUUUGUCAACAACAAUCAAUACUUGGUGAUAUAUUAGAAGAGAAUCCUAUAGAAUUUGAGAGGUGGGUGUUGAUUGCGAUAACAGCUUUUGAGAUAAUGAGAAAAUUAACAGGAAUUACUGGAUACUCGAGCAUGUAUCAAUAUUUUACGACUUUUGAAAACUUGAUGGAGUGGUUCGUACUUCUAUCAGUAUUUUCUUUGUAUAAUAUACAAAAGGAAUACGGUUGGCAGAAUCAUGUUGGUGGUUACGCAGUUUUAGGUGCUUGGACAAAUUUGAUGUUGAUGAUGGGACAACUUCCCAUGUUCGGUGAUUACGUGGCAAUGUACCAAAAAGUGUUAAGUGAAUUUCUCAAAUUACUGCUAGCUUACAUUUGUCUAUUGUUAGGCUUUGCCAUAUGUUUCUGUGUGCUGUUUCCAAACGAAGAAAUGUUUUCCAAUCCGUUAAUGGGUUUCAUCAGUACAUUAGCUAUGAUGGUCGGAGAGUUAAAUCUAAAUAUUCUAAUCAACGAUCCCAUGCUUGAAGAUCCGCCAUUGAUUUGGGAACUAUCAUCACAAACUAUAUUCAUAUUUUUCGUUAUGUUUGUUACUAUAAUAUUGAUGAAUCUACUUGUUGGUAUAGCUGUCCAUGAUAUUCAAGGUUUGAGGAAAACGGCUGGUCUGUCAAAGCUUGUUCGUCAGACAAAAUUGAUUCUUUUUGUAGAAAUGGGUAUGUUUAGUGCACUUUUGCCAAAAUGUCUACAUAAAUAUGUAUACAGAACCGCGUUAGUGUCACCCGAUGUAGGAAAAGUGAUAUUGAGCGUGAAACCAUUGAAUCCGAAUGAAAAACGAUUACCAACGGACAUAAUGAUGGCGGCAUACGACCUGGCACAGUUAAACAAAUUGAAAUCUGGAAAAUCGAUUAAGGAAUUAAUACACAGAAAUCGAUACACAUCGAAGUUCAAGAACGGGGAAUCCAAUGAACAGAACGUGAAUAUUGAAAUACGGGGCAUGCAGGAGAAAAUAGAUCAGACGACGUUUAAUUUGAAAAAGAUCGAUCAAGAGAUGAGACACUUGAAUACUUUGUUGAUGGAGCAGAACAAUAUGAUGCAAGCGCUAGUGAAGACUAUCGACAGAUCGUAUCCACAGUCCCAGUAUAAUAAUAACUUGGCUCAGUUUUACCCUGAAUCUCCGGUUUUCUUUUCUAGCAAUGUAUCAGAUGUAACUUCCAUUACCAAAUGAUAAAGUAUCUUCAUCUUAUUUUCUUCAUAAUAUAGGUAUUAAAAGCAGCAAUUAUUCGAUUGUGACAAAUCUCCCAUUAAUAACAAAUUAGCUUUGAUUUUAAAAAUGAAAUUUUCUGAUUAGAAAUAUCAAAAAAUUAAA